CCAUAGCCCUCCUGCCAUUAAUUUUGUUGCUCUGACAUUUGAUUUUUUUAUUUGGAUUUUGCUACAAAGCAUCCUGUUUAUAUUUCGUAAGUAUUUGCCUGCUUAAUCGUAACAGAGCGAAGAUUUACACUUGUAUCUUCAUCACACACCAAGCUGUAGUGCAUGAUCUGGUUCUGAGUGACUUUGUACAGGCAACUCUUGACUCUGUGAUAAAUUGAAAUGAAACAUGAUCUCCCCUUUAAUGUAUUUAGGCUACACAUGAGGGAGGGGGCGGCCUGGUGACAUCGUUAAUUAAAGCCACGUUAAAUGAUCAAAUUUGAAUGAUAUAAACGGUUAUUGUUCGUCACUUGCAUAAAAUUUUAAAUAGAGAUAUAUAAUAUAAUAUAUAUAUACAUUAUUUCUGGGUGUAACAUUAAGCGCUAUUACUAUUCUUCUCUGAAUAACUGUCACUGAAAAACAAAAAAGGUUCCAGCUGGUGUUUCGCUUUUAGUCAUUAGGUGUAUUGCAAUUAAAACAUUGUUGGAAAAUUUAAUUCUAGAUUUACUGUAGGUCGCGCUCUAGAUAGAAACCCAACUGAUUGUAAGCUUUGCUAAAUAGCAAAACGCUCCACUAAAUAACCCAAGUGUAAACUCUGUUAAAUAACUCAACUGUAAGCUCUGCUACACAAUCCAAUUGUAAGCUCUUCUGCGUGACCCAACUGUAAGCCCUGCUAAAUAGCCUGUUCGUAAGCUCAGCUAAAUAACGCAACUAUAAGCUCUGCUACGUAACCCAAUUGUAAGCUCUGCUACAUAACCCAAUUAUAAGCUCUGCUAAAUAACCCAAUUGUAAGAUGUACUAAAUAACCUACUUCUAAGCUCUGCUAAAUAACCCAAUUGUAACCUCUGAUAAAUAAUACAGGGUUUUUUUUUGUUUUUUUUUUGUUUUUUUUUUGUUGUUUUUUUUUUUUUUUUUUUUUAAAGAUGUUUUUUGAGUUGUUUAAAAGGGAAAUCUCUUUUUUUUUUAAAAAAAAAAAAAAUUUAACUUUUGUUAUGAUAUUUGGUUUUUUUUUGUUUUUUUUUUGUUUUUUUUUUGUUGUUUUUUUUUUGUUUUUUUAUAAAGAUGUUUUAUGAGCUGUUUAAAAGGGAAAUCUCAUUUUUUUUUAAAAACAAAACAAAUCUAGCUUUUGUCAUGAUAUUUUAAAUUUCAUAAGAAUUUCAACACGAGGGCGAGCAUUUUCUUAAAAAGUGUUUGUAAAUCGUAAAAGAAAAAUCCAUUCGCAUAGAAAAGAUAUUAUCUGUAUAAAAAUGUAUGUCCAAGUGUUUAGAGUUUAUUUGACGCCAUAAUCGGGUGUUAGACCUCAUGGACUGUGAAACUUAUUCUAACGUCCUUAUGAUCAUGUAGGUUGAAAGCUAUUUCUUGCUAUCACUGAUGUAUGCAGAUGUCCAGUGUCGGAGUGGUGCCAUAGUGCUUUCUGAUCAUUAUUACGAUAACUACUGAAUGUGUGAGGAAAGUCGAAUGGAUUGCACCACUACAUGUUUAUGUCGAAUGGAUUGCACCACUACAUGUUUAUGUCGAAUGGAUUGCACCACUACAUGUUUAUGUCGAAUGGAUUGCACCACUACAUGUUUAUGUCGAAUGGAUUGCACCACUACAUGUUUAUGUCGAAUGGAUUGCACCACUACAUGUUUAUGUCGAAUGGAUUGCACCACUACAUGUUUAUGUCGAAUGGAUUGCACCACUACAUGUUUAUGUCGAAUGGAUUGCACCACUACAUGUUUAUUGACAAGAAAAUCACAAUUUCACAAUAUGCCAUAUGCCUCCAGGUUGGAGUAAAAUAAUUGUCAGUAUCUCAUACACUUCACUUCUUUCCGAACACAAUCCAAUGGACGAUGGCUGGACCGAUGCUAUGGGAUAUUUCUUCGCAAGCGCAAGAGAUUCAUAUAACCCAACUUGACCAUUAGCAUUGUACCCCUUCCACACACUCUCUUUUCUUACUUCAUGUCCUUUCUGCGCGCAUGACAUUUCAAUAUAAAACUUUAUGUUCAUCCUAAACUACGAAACAAUUCAUUAUUGCAAUAUUUGAUCUGUUACACUUAAUUUUGCAUUUGAGCGAAACAAGUAUACAUUUAAUUCAUCAUCCUCAUCCUCAUCAUCAUCAUCAUCAACAUCAUCAUCUUCAUGUCCCUUAGUCCUUGGACCGUUGGGGCGCCAGAGAAAAAUAUUCCCCUACAUUCGUCUCUUUUUUCUGCACAUCACACAGCAUCGCCUAGUUUUAGUCCCAUCCGCUCUUUGAUGUUAUCUUCCCAUCUUUUCCCUCUGUCUUGCUCUUCUUCUCCCUCCUCUGGUUGUGCCCUUCAUGAUUUCUUUGGCGAGCCCGUUUCCUUUUUUAGGUACAUUUAUUUUGAAUGUGUUAAUUAAUCUACAGGUGACUAAUUUCUUGAUUACAUUUUUUAAUAUAAAUAUUCAUUCUUUAAACCAAGUAUUUCUGUUAACUGUGUUGGUUUUAAUGCUACAUAUGUUAUGUUUCUAUUCCAAGGCAAACAUCUCUAAGAAUGAAGGCAUUCCUCGUAAGCUGUAUCAUGCUCUCACUUGCCGGACUCAUGUACGCCGAGGACUGUGUGUACAAUGGCGUCACGUAUAAGGUAAUUUCAAGACUUUUAAUUGUACUAGAAAUUGAAAUUAUUUAAUUUGUGUUAAAAUAGAAUAAUUAUUGAAAUAUUGAAUGAAUGCAUCAUAUGAUUUUUUUACCUAUGAUUAUAAAAGAAAUAUAUGCAUUACCAAUUGUUUGUUCCAUUUUAAAGCAAAAAAUAGUACUUGAAUAGUACUUUUUCUAUUUUUUGAUAUACCUUUUUAUGCGACCAAAAAAAAUUGUUUUUAAAUCUACAUCUCAAUUUUCUUAACUUAAACUAAUCGUUUCGAUUUUAAUUUUAUUUUUAAAUUUCAAUUUAAUAAAUAUCAUUAACAUCCUGUUCUCUCAUAUAGAUGCAUUAACAUUGUCUUAAGCUUGAAUUUUUACAAGUUUUUAAGAAAAAGUAUGUUUUCAUAACAAUGUUAGAUCUACUUGAAAUCAUCCGUAUGUCUCUGACAAUCUGAAUAAAGCCAACAUUGUGUGUUGUUACAGGACGGCGAAACAUACGAAAAGGGAACAUGCAACCCGUGCUACUGCGACAUUAAUCCGGAGGUCAAUUGUUAUGACAUCCAGUGUGGCUGGCCUCAGUGUGAAGAUGGCGCCUGGCCAGAAACUAAAGAGGGUGAUUGCUGCCCAAGCUGUCCUUGAUGUGAUGGUCAAGUUGUGUUAUCCUUGAUCUGAUUGUCAAUAUGAAUUUUCCUAUUUUGAACAAGGAGCUCAUAAAUAAACCAUUUAAAGUGU